GUUGCUAACUGGGUAAAGGCAGGGUUUUGUUUCCUCGUGUAUGAGUCUUCAGAAAGGAGAACAACAAAGGAAUGUCUAGACCAGGGGCGGACUGACAACUCAUGGGGCCCCCGGGCAAUAGGGGAUCAUGGGGCCCCUGUGUCCUUGUCCAAACUCAAAAAAGCCUAUGAAAAAGGUACCAGGGGCAUCUCAUGGGGCCCCCUACUGACCCCGGGCCCUCAGGCAGUGCCCGAGUGCUCAAAUGGUCAGUCCGCCCCUGGUCUAGACACUCAAGUACUGGAAAUUGCA